AGGAAAGGAUGACCAGGCGAUAUCCAUAUGAAACCCAAUAAUCUUACAGUCCUUAUAGUGAAAUGGAAUUAGACAUUUGCAUUUAAACCAGCGAAUGAUUCCAGUGAAAUGGAAUUAGACAUUUGCACUUAAACCAGCAGGUAAGCGUGUUAAGAAUGACUUGAGAAACUGCAAGUUACUUCUGGAGUGAGAGAAUUGGCCAUCUGCAAGGAUGUUGCCCAGGGGCCGCCCAGAUGUUUUUGAUGUUUUUACCAUCCUUGUGGGAGGCUUCUCUCAUGUCCCCGCAUGGAGUUGGAGCUGAUGGAGGGAGUCAUCCGCGCUCUCCCCGGGUUGGAUUCGGACUGGCAACCUUCAGGUCAGCAACACAACCUUCAAGUCAUCAGUCCUACCGGCAUGAGGGUUUAACUCACUGCGCCAUCGGGGACUCAUUAACAGACAUUUCCAAUGACUAUGAUGCACCGCCGCAGUGGGAGAAGCACAGCAGUGAGAGAUCAGAUAACCCUGUGACAAAAGCAGGACCAAACCAGUGCUAUAAUGAUAUAAUGGUGUGGGGUUAUGGGAAAACUGGUGCCAGGUUUGGCUACUUAUGAAACAGAAUCUAGUGGUGUUUGGGGGGGAAAAAAUCAGUGUGUGUUAACACAACUGUGGCACACAGGAAAAGUUGCUGUGUUCAUAUGUCUUCCUUUAUGGAAAUAAUAUAAGAGAAAACACAGUGAAUUAAGCAAGUUUGAGCUAUUUGAGUCCAUUGAUUAUUUUGAGGAGCACAUGACCUUGUAAAUAUAGCGCAGGAUACUGAGAGGUGUUGCUUUGGCUUUGCAUACAAAGGGGAUGUAACACUUCCAAGCCCUCUGCCUCACUUCUGCUUGUGGAAUUUGUUAUGCCGGUGGCACCAGACUUGCCAUAAAAAGCCCUUACACUGGCUGUCCUUUCCAUUCAGGCAGCUUCCAGCCUACCAGAGCUGUCUCUUCUCAGUCAAGACCAGCUUGUGCUGAAGAGAGAGACUAAAGGGAUCUUUUUCACAAGUGAUUGCUAGGCAAAGGAUGGCUGUGAGCUUUAGCUGGGUAGUGACCUGUGUCCUCUUCAUAGCUAGCCCUGCCAGCGGAUUUAGCGAGAAAGGACUCAAAGAGAUGUUGCUGGAGAAGCUCAGGCUUCCUGAAGUCCCUGCCCUACAGAAGACAGACCUGGAGAAUGUGGUCAUUCCAGAGAAUGUCCGGAACAAAUAUAUGACCCUGCUGAAGCGUCACCGAGUGAAGCGGAGAGCUUUGCCAAGUCUAGCUGGGAUCUUGAGAGGAAUUCCCGGCAAUGCAGAUAUUCCAGGAGAUGUCCUCUAUUCUGAUGCCACACGGCAGAAGCUGAUAUUUGACAUGGAGGGAAGGAUACCCGAAAACAGUGAAGUUACCAUGGCUGAGCUGAAGCUUUUCAAAAAGCCUUUGGAGAUGAAACACCUGCCCAUCAGGCCAUCUCAGAGGCCGGUCAUGAACGCCAGGGUGAGCGUUUACUGGGUCCAGCUGCAAGACAAUGGAACUAACAGGACUUCUUUGAUUGACUCCAGGUUAGUUCCAAUCAUGGAAUCUGGCUGGAGGAACUUUGAUGUCACACAAGCAGUACAUUUCUGGCUAAAAACUAAGAAGACUGGGCCAAUGUUCCUAGAGAUCUGGAUUGAAGGAGAAAGACUAGGCAGCUAUGCCUCUGAAAUGGCCAAACUGGUGCGCUUUACUUCCCAGGACCCUUCAGAUAAAGCACUUGGCAAACCUGAGUUAGUGCUUUAUACUCUUAACCUGGAAGAAUAUGGAGGACCUGGAGACUGUAAAGAAGGAACCUUGACUGAGAAGACUAUCUGCUGCCGCCAGGAACAUUAUAUCAAUUUCCGAGAGCUGACCUGGACUCAGUAUUGGAUUAUUGAGCCGGCUGGCUACCAGGCUUACCACUGUGUGGGUGGUUGUCGGCAGCCCAAGAACUUGCUGCGCCAUUUCGGCUAUGGAGAGAGAACCUGUGCUGUAGUGGAGAGUUCCCCACUUCCCAUGAUGUACCUUGUCAAGAAGGGAAACUACACAGAGAUUGAGGUGGCAGAGUUCCCCAACAUGAUUGUAGAAAAAUGUGGCUGCAUAAUGGACAAUAUAGCAGUGGUCUAGCUGUGUACACACUGACACACUUGAACUGGUAGUUCUAGCCAACGUGAAAGAGGUGGCUGGCUCUGGAGUUCUUGAUUCCUGCUAUAAUCCCUGUUGUAAAUGCUGUCUUAUAACAUAAUGCUCCUGUUCCUACAUGCAGAACACUUGUGGCAUCUUGCUCGUUUCAUUCAUAGCAUAAUUCUCUCCUUUCACUGAAUUGUGCUGCUACAAAUGGAGGCUGUUCCCAUUUGGACUUUUUCACAAGAAACCAAAAUAACAACAUUCAGCAGCAACAGAGAAGUUCUUAUCAACGCAAUGCAUUUCAUUAGCAUGGGUGGAAGCCUAUGAACCAUAUGAUAUUGGCUCCCUCAUUAUAGUUACAUAAGUUUCUCUUGUUCUUUUUUUUCUUUUCUUUUAUGAUUAGAGUACUAGAGUUGUAUAGUACUUUAGCACAAUGACUAAUAAAACAAUUAAAUAUACAUAUUAGACUUGGAAUGUAAAUAUUAGUGAAGGAGCAUAGGCCGGGGAUCAAUAUUGUUUCUACUUAUUUUAGAGUAGUGACAUAUGCUUUCUUGUAAUAUAUUUUCUUAGAAUUUCUUGUACAUUACUUUGUAAGACAAUCUCAAAAUUCUUUAAUAAAUAAUGUAUAAAAUGUUUUGAACAGGCAACAGGUAGAGACAUCCAAAAUUAUCUAUAUAGCAAUAAAUGUCCAUAGCUUUCAUCUGUCUUUUUUUUCUUAUCAGAUUGUUCCUUUAUGUAAGGUACUGGCACACUCUCUGAACAAGAUACAUACUACCUACUAUCCUCUUUUGUGAUAAUGGGGUGUGAAUUCUCUUUUUCAUCAUGUAAUAUAAGUAUGCAAUAAAAUGUUGUCGCUGAAGGGAGAGCACUCUCUUUCUGUUUAAUAUCCAGUUCCUGAAGCAAUCUGUAGCCAUUUCUCCCAAUCUAAGGGUGCAUCUACACUGUAGAAUUAAUGUAGUUUUACUAUAAAAUUAUGGGUUUUGUAAUGAGCACUUAUCUGUAAAGAAUUCUACUGUAUGUAUUCUUCAGAAGACUGACAAAUAAAUGUUCAAUUGCUGAGCAAUGCUUAAGAAAUCUUCUAACUAGUGGAUUUCUGUGAAAACAAUGUUUGCUUAUGUUUCCAGGAUCAGGCCUAAUCGUAAUAUGAUAACAUUGUGAGUGAUGAAUUUUCUGUAAUCAAUUUUGUAUAUUUUAACAUCUUAUCAAAACAAUAAAAUCCAAAAGUAACAUAGUGAGAUUAUUGCUUGAAUAUAUACACAAACAGUAUUAUUAUUUUAAUCUUCAUUGUUAAAGCAAUUUGAUUUUAUGACAGUAGAUUCCUUUGA